UUGCCCAUUGAAUCUGUUGCCUGGCAACUCUUCCCCUGCUUAAAGUUUCUUUUAUCACCUUUGUCUGUUAUCGUUCGGCGAGAGACACAAACAACAACUGUUGCCUGGCGACGACGUAAUGCAUCGACAGUACUACUAACUUUCUUUGUUACUGUUAGGAUCGAAAUGAAGUCCGUUAAAAUCGGUGUUAGUGUCUCGGACAGUAAAACGGUCGCAGGAUGUGUCAGUAUGUGCGGGAUGUGUCCAUGUUGCGCGUUUGCCGCAAAACCACCGGGUUCAAUUCGGUGUUUGUGGAAGGUGUCGGAUGAAUUCAAGAGGAGAUUCCUAAUGGACCUGCUGUUACGAUGCAGAAACAUCGAAAUACUCGAGAGCAUCCAGAGAGUGCUGAGUGUGACUUCGUGGACUUUAUUCACUUACAUAAGGAGCCCAACUUCACCUCAACAUCCGGACCGAGCACCGACUGGGAAACCAUUUGGACUGGACUUGAAAAAGAUCUGGGACUGGUUCAACAGCAGCACAGAGUGGUUGAAAUUACGCUACCUUUGCCGUCUUCUUUCAUUUUGUGACUCGGAAAUGUUAUGCAUGGCUGCCAACUUAACCAGGGUGCUUCUAGUCCGACAGAAACGAGGAUUUCUGCAAUUUAAUGGUAAAAAAAUACAACAAGAGGACCAAUAUCUUGCAGUUAAAUUAUUUAUGUCUCUUUUAUCGAGCAACUUUAAUGUGAUUCAAAAUAAUGAGGAUGGAGACUCAGAGGACCCGGCUCUUAUGGUGGUUCCUGGAUCCUUAAAGUCUGUGUCUGGAGUCAGCAGAUACAGAGACUUCAUAAGCUGCCUACAUGUUAAUCUUUCAAAGAGGAUAUUAGGUCUGUUGGACGAGCACACUCUGAGACUAUGUCAGAAAGUUUGCCGAUACUGGCAGCACCUCACACACGAAACGCUGGAGGAGAUGAAAUUGUCGAGGAAAUUUCAGGAUAAAACGAAAGCCAUGAUGCAGAGCAAAGCCAUGGAUAAAGUCAGUCCUACGUAUGCCAAAAUUGUUGAAGUCCCCGUUCCUGUUAGGGAAGAUGAAGGGGAUAUUCCACCUUCAAAGGUCAAGCUGUUUGAAGCUGCUUAUGCUCCGAUCAAAACCAAGACGGUGCAAAUGGAGGAGAGAAAUGUUUAUUGCGGUGCAUAUUUCACCACCGUGCUGGUCGACAAAGCAGACCCCAGUCGCGUGCUGGACUACAGAGGCGGAUCGUUCAUGGCCGUGGGCUCCAAGGAUCGUGUGGUGAAUCUGCUUUAUGUGACGUCACGAGCGAAAUCGGUGUCGGUGCUGAGGGGCCACGUUGGCAGCAUCCGGGUGGUGCGUCUCUGUGAGGAACGAGAUCUGCUGAUAAGUGCAAGCUACGACUCAAGCAUCAGGUGUUGGAAUUUGAAGACGGACUCUUGUGUGAUGAUGCUGUACGGUCACACUGGAACGGUGAACUGUCUGGACGUCUACGCUGAUCGACUUGUCUCAGGAGCCAAAGACUGUGUGGUUAAAGUGUGGAGUCUGCAAACAGGGAAGCAGUUUGAGGAUUUGAAUUUCAAGCACCCGCGUCCCAUCCAGUGUGUCAAGAUCAACAGAACGACGGUGUACAGCGGCUGUAACCGAGGAAUCAUCAAAGUAUGGAACAUGGAGACUGCUGCUCUGAUCCGGGUGAUUGAUGCCCACAAGAAUUCAGUGAAGUGUCUGUUCCUUGAUGAGUGGCACCUUUUAUCCGCCGACUCUAAGGGUCAGGUCACGGCCUGGAGCACCAACUGUGAUGUCAAAGAGUGUCUGAUGACCUUCAACCACCCAAAGGAGGUUAAAUCUCUGACUCUGGUGUACCUGCGUGUCAUUACUGGCUGUGCCGAUGGAAGGAUUCGAGUAUUAAAUUUCCUCACCGGAGAUUGUUUGAGAGAAUUCAAAGCAGAGGCAGAAACAGGACGAAUACUGUCGCUACAUUUCCAUGACAACAGCAUUUUAGUGAACUCAUCAACGAGUGUGAAGCGCUACCAGUUUGCCAAGGUGUUCUGGGAUUACAUGGAGUCAACAGAGAGAGGUAGAGAAGAUGCGGUGGCUCAGGAUCACACCAAAAAGGUGGCUUCAACCGGCUCAAAGGUGCUCAACUUCAACAUCAAGAAACCAGAGAGGUCUGAGCUGCUUCACCACACCUGCUGCUCGUCUAGCCCGGGCAAAGAGCGCAGUAAGAGUGCUCCAGAGUCGGUGAUGCUGAGCGAGAAGGCAGCGAGUGAACGGAUGAGGAAGAGAGGUCUUCACCAUCCUCUCACACGUGACUCCAUCCACCUCAGGGUCAAUGCCAUGCAGCGGGCGCGGUGCACCGACGAAGUGAGCGUCAACAUGGAGCGCAACGCCCGGCUCAGAGACUCCUGGGGUCCCGAAACGUCCGAGAGUCAGAUGAGUCCACCGGAGCCCCCGCAGGACGCUCAUCUCCGGAGGCCCAAAACCUGCGUUCCCAUUUUAAAGCGAGCCGUCUGUCAAAGUAUGACACGCCCAGUCCAAGGCAGAGUUCAGUGUCACAGCGCCGACACGCGCAGGCCAAUCAGGAGGCUGAGUUUGUUCAUUAAAAGCGAAACAGAAGGGCCGCGGGCUCCUGAGGGAGUUUUUACGACGAGGUCCCUUCCUCAUUCAGAACGCGACAUGAAAACGAGGACCAGCUUACCCAGGAUCAGCCCUGUGAGUCCAGUCAGAGAGCGGGGAGGAUUCAGGCUGAUCUCAGAGAAACAGAUGGAGGACUGCGUCCGAGCCAAGAGGAAACUCAUGAAGAGCUGUUAGCAAAAACUGUAGAAAAUACUGUGAGGAAAGUGUGUCCGAUGGUUAAUAUUCAAUUUUUAGCAUUGAGAACUCUGUCGUCUUUAUCCAAGGCUCCCUCAUUCUAAAUCUGGUGUUUCAUGAAAAGUCCACUAGGGGGCAGUGUUGUAUAAAAUGACUGCAGAUAGACCAGGAACCAGAGUUAAAAUGUAGGAGACUGUAGCCUUCCAAUAACUUAUAAACUGCGAUUUUACUUUUAAAGGGGAACAUUUUUUAGAUUUCUUUUCCCCUUCUGAAGUUAAAUGUAUCUCAAGUUUCCUUUUCGAUAUUCAGAGAAAAAUAAAUGUUGGAGGCAGA